AUGGCACUAGGUGCAAACUGUAGAAUAGGCAAUGGCCAGUACUACCGCGGACCUCGCUAUUUCUCAGAAAAUGGUACACGUUGUCAACCUUGGUCACUUAAUGGCUCAUAUAAUCCUACAGGGUAUCGCUACUCGGAUUUAAUAUCGAACUAUUGCCGUAAUCCUGUUGGAGCUCGAUCUAGACCGUGGUGUUAUGGGAAUACUGCGCGAUACCAGUAUGUAAUAAAACCCUUCAAACUGCACAGUAUCCAUUUGGAGGUAAGACAUAUCUAA